AUGGUCGUGGUUGCAGUGAGUGCAGUGCAGAGCAUGGUCGUGGUUGCAGAGAGUGCAGUGCAGAGCAUGGUCGUGGUUGCAGAGAGUGCAGUGCAGAGCAUGGUCGUGGUUGCAGAGAGUGCAGUGCAGAGCAUGGUCGUGGUUGCAGUGAGUGCAGUGCAGAGCAUGGUCGUGGUUGCAGUGAGUGCAGUGCAGAGCAUGGUCGUGGUUGCAGAGAGUGCAGUGCAGAGCAUGGUCGUGGUUGCAGUGAGUGCAGUGCAGAGCAUGGUCGUGGUUGCAGAGAGUGCAGUGCAGAGCAUGGUCGUGGUUGCAGAGAGUGCAGUGCAGAGCAUGGUCGUGGUUGCAGAGAGUGCAGUGCAGAGCAUGGUCGUGGUUGCAGUGAGUGCAGUGCAGAGCAUGGUCGUGGUUGCAGUGAGUGCAGUGCAGAGCAUGGUCGUGGUUGCAGAGAGUGCAGUGCAGAGCAUGGUCGUGGUUGCAGUGAGUGCAGUGCAGAGCAUGGUCGUGGUUGCAGUGAGUGCAGUGCAGAGCAUGGUCGUGGUUGCAGUGAGUGCAGUGCAGAGCAUGGUCGUGAUUGCAGUGAGUGCAGUGCAGAGCAUGGUCGUGAUUGCAGUGAGUGCAGUGCAGAGCAUGUGUCUCGAGCACGGAAACUGCCGUUGCACCCGGCACAGGGCGGCAGGACGCAUCGCAGCAAAGGGAGGAGCUGAUGAUGGGGAGGGGCUCGUUCACCCCAUCCCAAACUCUCACUCGCAGGAGGCGGCCCCGCGGUUGCCGGCGCUGAAGUUGUCAAUGAAGCGCACACAGCGCCGCUCCAGAGUGGUGCUCGGUCAUGCUGGGGGCGAAGAGAAGCACGAUGGGAGCGGUAACAGGAGUGGGGGCGUCGCCAUUCAUCAUCAGGGGCAGCAUGAUGGCCGCAUGGACAUGGCAGGCCGCAUGGGGAAGGCCGCUCAUAAUGUUCGUGAUGCUGAUGAUGACGUGGCGUACGAUGAAGGCCGAAAGCUGCUCCUUGAUGACAGAGGCAAGGGGCGGGCGAAGGGUGGAGGGCAAGAGAGGAUUGCGGAGGGACGGGCGGAAGGGAGGAGCGCGGGGAGGGACGGGGAGAGGGGGGAAGAGGGAGGUGAGAGGAGAGGGGGAGGGGUGAAGGAAAUGUUUGUGAAAGAGUGCCCGAAGCAGCACGGGGGGGUGGAGGAGGCGAGGGGCGGGUUGGGCGGCAUGGAGGAGGGGAUGGUGCAGCUGCAGCAGCGGCUGAGGUCUGCGGAGGCCAAGGCGGAAGAGGUGCUGCUGGUGAAGCAGGAGCUAGUGGACCUGGAUCGCCAGCGCAAUGCAGGCAGGGAGGCCAUCACAGCGCUCAAGAAGCAUGCCAGGGGGGCGGCUGCCAGGAGAGCAGGGGGGCGCAGGGAGGCGGGCUCUGGGGGAGGUGCUGCUGGGGGAGGUGUAUCGGCAGAGGCGCACCGGCCACUUGUUACCCCCCUGCCUGCGGUGCCAGUUGGCACGUCAGGAUUGGAUGGGAGUUCAGAGUGUGCGGUGUGUGGGGCGGUGGGGCAGAAGGAGCGAGUGUGGGUGGUGAUGGGCGGAGGGGAGAUGUUUGUGCGCUUGCCCCUGCACCAUGCGCACGUGCAUGUGAAGCGAGCCAUUGACCCCAUUGACCCUCAUUUCCCCCAUCCCCCAUCAGGCAUUGACCCCCUUUUCCCUCUCUGUGUCCCCCACUGCCCCGUCCUUCCAGCUGUUGACCGCAUUGACGUGCAGAUGGAGGAGGGGAGGGAGAAGCAGAAGGCGGCAGUGAGGCAGCUCACAGAGGAGGGCGGGCUGGCAGGCCGGGUUGGCGAGGGCAUAGUGCAUGCCUUGACCACGCUGAAGGAUGCUGGUAAAUAG